CACAAAACCAGUAAAUGUAUUGGUGUAUCUGUGUCAUGUAAUGAAUUGCCUUGUAGAUCCGAAAGGGUUGUUCGACUGGUAGUAAACAUUAGCACCUCCAGGGCUAGCUAUAUUUACGUUAUUUGAAAUAGCAGUGUAUAUAUCUCUCAAACAGUUUGUAGCUAUGUUUUGAAAGAAAAGAAAAGAUGUCGGGAAGUUUUUAUUUUGUUAUGGUUGGGCAUCAUGAUAAUCCCGUCUUUGAGAUGGAGUUUCUACCUCCUGGUAAAUCGGAGUCAAAGGAUGACCACCGUCAUCUGAACCAGUUCAUCGCUCAUGCAGCGCUUGAUCUGGUAGACGAAAAUAUGUGGCUUUCAAAUAAUAUGUACUUGAAAACUGUGGAUAAAUUCAACGAAUGGUUUGUGUCUGCCUUCGUCACUGCUGGUCAUAUGAGAUUUAUCAUGCUUCAUGACGUGCGGCAAGAGGAUGGAAUUAAAAACUUCUUCAAUGAUGUUUAUGACCUAUACAUCAAGUUUGCAAUGAAUCCAUUUUAUGAAGUAAAUGCACCAGUACGCUCCACGGCCUUUGACAGAAAAGUGCAGUUUCUUGGCAAGAAGCACCUUCUCAGCUGAUUUCAAGGACUGGAAUUUUAUAUUCAGGUUAUCGUUUCUGGGUGGUUGUGAAACUAUAGGACCAGUUCCCUACUGUACGCAGUUGGCUCUCUUUUGUGUGUAAUUUUUUACGUCUCACUGUUGUCUGUCUGCAGUAAUAUAAAUUAUGAUUUCUGGAUAUUUCUUAUGUAAUUAUUUUCCUGUUAAUACUUCAGUCAUAAAUCAGUAAAACAUUUAUUAUUAAUCA